AUGAAGGUCCAUUCGUUAAUUAUUUUAGGAUUGAGUUUAAUAUCAACAAAUGCUUUAACUACAAUCUCUUCAAAUAGUUAUUCAACUAUUUCCACUGGUACUUGUGUUGAAUGUUCAACUAUAACACCAAAGACAAAGACAACUAUAACUACUGAUUCAACAAUAACAUUCUCAACUGCUACUUGUGUUGAUUGUUCAACUAGUUAUUUCCCAACUCCAAGCUCAAGUGAAUCAAGUUCAGUUCCUCCAUCAAGUUCUUCAAGCUCAAGUGAACCACCAUCAAGCUCUUCAGUUCCUCCAAGUUCAUCUUCUGAACCACCAAGUUCAAGUGAAUCUUCAUCAAUUCCACCAAGCUCAUCUUCUGAACCACCAAGCUUUAGUGAAUCAUCUUCAGUUCCUCCAAGCUCUAGUGAAUCUUCAUCUGAACCACCAUCAAGCUCAAGUGAAUCCUCAUCUGAACCACCAAGCUCUUCAUCUGAACCACCAUCAAGCUCAAGCGAAUCCUCAUCUGAACCACCAAGCUCUUCAUCUGAACCACCAUCAAGCUCAAGUGAAUCUUCAUCAGUUCCACCAAGCUCAUCAUCUGAAAUUUCAUCAAGUGAAUCAUCUUCAGUUCCUCCAAGCUCAUCAGCUUCAUCAAGUGAAUCUUCAACAACAACUCCUCCAAUUAGAACAAGUUCAGAAACUCCAAUUAUUUCAACUACAACUGAAUCACAAAGUUCAGGAACUACAAUUACAAUUACUUCAUGCACAGAUGGUGAAUGUUCAGUUUCAACUACAACUUCAACACCAUCUUCUUCUGCUCCAUCUUCUUCAGUUCCAUCAAGUGAAGUAACCUCUGAAUCAUCUUCAUCGAGUGUUCCACCUGUUACAACUGAGUCAUCAUCAAGUGUUCCACCUGUUACAACUGAAUCUUCAUCAAGUGUUCCACCUGUUACAACUGAAUCUUCAUCUAGUGUUCCACCUGUUACAACUGAAUCUUCAUCAACUGAGUCCUCAUCAAGUGUUCCACCUGUUACAACUGAAUCAUCAUCAAGUGUUCCACCUGUUACAACUGAAUCAUCAUCAAGUGUUCCACCUGUUGAACCUUCAUCUUCAACUUUCUCAUCAAUUAAACCAAAAGAUCCAUCUUCAUCAGCUCCAGUUCCAGUUCCAUCAACAAGUACUUCAUCAAGUGUUGAGUCUUCAUCAAGUAUUCCACCUGAAGAAUCUACUUCAAUACCACCACCAGCACAAUCUUCAUCUGCUCCAUCAUCAUCUACCCCAGGUUCAACUCAUUACACUGUCACUACUAUAAGUCAUUCAUCAAUUACUACAAGUUAUACAACUGUUCCAGGUACUACAAAGACUGAUUCAACUGGUAUUGUUAUUUCGAGCUCAGUUUCAACUGUUACUACUCCAAAUACUGAAGUGAUUACUUCAACUAUCCCAUAUGAGCCAUCAACUCCAUCAACUCCAGGUACCCCAGAUGAGCCAUCAACUCCUGCUACACCAGACCAACCAUCAACUCCAUCCACUUCAAGUACUCCAGAUCAACCAUCCACUCCAGGUACUCCAGAUCAACCAUCCACUCCAGUUACUCCAGAAACUCCAUCAGCCACAACCACCCCAGAUCAACCAUCAACUCCAUCUACUUCAUCUACUCCAGAUACUCCAGAUCAACCAUCUACUCCAGGUACACCAGAUCAAUCAUCUACUCCAUCAACUUCAACUACUCCAACAAACCCAGAAACCCCAUCAACUUUAAGCUCAUCUAUAAUUACAUCAACUCCAUCAUCAACUGCUCCUUCAAUUGAACCAAAACAAUCAACUUCAAGCUCUACACCAGUUCCAUCAAUUGCAACUGUUUCAACUGUUAGCUCAUCAACUCCAGUUAUUCAAACUCAAGAAGGUUCAGGUUCAAACUUAAAAGUUGGUACAUCAAUGGCUGGUUUCGUUUUAUUAUUACAAUUUCUUUUUUAA